AUGCCUCUCCAUCCCUUGUCUCAUAUCAUUACAUUGGUCCACAAUCUUCAACAUGAAGAAGAUUUGUUAAUCUCUAGGAGUGGCAAAUGCGUAGUAAUCAACGGGCCUCUCAUAGUAGGGGCCGGACCGUCGGGGCUUGCAGUUGGGGCAGGACUAAGGCUACAAGGGGUUCCCUUUGUGAUCCUAGAGCGUGCCCACUGUAUCGCAUCCCUGUGGCGAAACAAGACUUAUGACCGUCUCAAACUCCAUCUUCCUAAGCGAUUUUGCCAACUACCGUUUUUCCCUUUCCCACCUCAUUUCCCCGAGUACCCUUCCAAAUACCAGUUCCUUGACUACCUCCAAUCAUACGCCCACAAAUUUGAUAUGAACCCACGAUUCAACGAGUGCGUUGAAUCUGCGAGCUAUGAUGAGAGGUGUGGAUUAUGGCGGGUGGGGACUAGUGCGGAUGUAGAAUACCUAUGCAGGUGGCUUGUAGUGGCAACUGGUGAGAAUGCGGAGAAAGUAGUGCCGGAGUUGCAUGGGUUGGAGGAGUUUGGCGGGCAUGUUAUGCAUGCGUCUGAUUACCGCUCUGGCAAAGAUUAUCGAGGAAAGAAAGUUAUGGUUGUGGGGUGUGGGAACUCUGGCAUGGAAGUCUCUCUUGAUCUUUGCCACCACAAGGCUUUUCCAUCCAUGGUCAUCCGAAGCUCCGUUCAUGUAUUGCCAAGGGAAGUUGGCGGGAUAUCGACUUUCGAAUUGGCAACGGGGAUGCUGAAAUGGUUGCCAGUAAAGAUGGUGGAUAAGAUACUGCUGAUUCUUGCAAGGUGUACACUUGGGGACCUAGAAAAAUACGGUAUAAAGAGGCCACGAAUGGGUCCGAUUGAGCUCAAGAACGCGCGAGGAAAAACUCCAGUUUUGGAUGUUGGCGCCUCACACGAGAUCAAGUCUGGGAAGAUUCAAAUAGUUCCUGGAAUCAAGAAAUUCUCAAGGGGUCGUGUGGAGCUCGUCAAUGGUACAAAUCUUGAAAUAGAUUCGGUCAUUUUGGCAACUGGGUAUUGCAGCAACGUUCCUUCAUGGCUAAAGGUAAGGAAUCUACAGGAGGAAAGUAAUGAGGGGAAAUUAGGAUUGUAUGCUGUUGGAUUCUCAAGAAGAGGUCUCUUUGGUGCAUCUUGUGAUGCCAUUAGAGUCUCACAACAUAUCGCAAAGAUUUGGAAUCAAGAAACAAACCAAUCAUUAUGUCACACUUUCCUGUGAUCCAACAUAGAACAAAUCACUUUGACUUUUUUUAUUAUUGAAUUUGUA